UUGAACCUUGGCUGGGAGAGCGCACUGCUGGGCAGCCAUGUGGCCCCGCGAGUGUCACGGGAAAAACCUCUACUGCUGGAACUCUACGCCUAGUGGAUCUACCCCUAGUGGCAACUACACCUAGAGAAACUUCCAGUGGCACCUCUAGUGGCACUUCCCUUAGGUAGCAUUUCCUUUUGCUCCUGUCUUCCUGUCCCUGCCCUCAGUGCUUUCCCUCGGCUGCCACCUGCGCGUGCUCUCCACGCUCCUCGCGCCCGAAAAAUUUGCCCCAGCACAAAACCGCAAGGCGGGCCAUUUCUCCAUUGGUCCUGACAGCAUAUAUAAAGAUGCCUCACCCUAAAAAUUUGGCCCUGAGACCCUUCCUGAUCCCCACCAGACGUCCUACCUGUCCUACCAUUGAUGGCGACCGCUAUGUCCCUAAGCAAGAACGUGUACCAACUAUCUGCCAUUGCAGGCUCGGUGUCCCAGGUGCUAACUGGCGCCUCCACCGCUGUCCAGAGAGAUGCUGCCCACGUUUACGCCUACUCGUGGAUGGGCUACCCACUCAGAGCCUGUGACCUGGCUGCCGACGUGUGGUCUGACGCCAAGUCCACCGCGUUACAGGCCAGAAACAUGGCUGAGGCAGUCAAGAAGACCAAGAACAAAAAGCCCAAGAACACCCAGAAGAGGGCCUACACCACCUCUGCUCGUUCUUCCUCCAUCACAUCCACCCGCUCGUACUCUACCACCUCCACCCCUCACUUCGACCACCUGAAAAUCAUCGGCGAUGCCCCCGUGGCUGACUCCAAGGACCCCAACAAGUUCGAGAUGCUGAGCUCGGAGGUCCCCUCCACCAGAUUGGCCCGGAUUUUCCACUACGGCUCGUUAGCCGCAGGAAUGGGCCUCGGAGCCGCCAAGCAGGGCUUGAAGCACUACGCCACCGGCAACACGUCCUCACUCACCAUGAAGUCGCUUAUCUUGUCGCCUGCCAACAUCGAGCGUAUGGCCAAGAAGUUUUCCAAAAUGAGAGGUGCUGCCCUCAAGAUUGGCCAGAUGAUGUCCUUCCAAGAUUCCUCCAUCCUCCCUCCAGAAAUCCAGCAGAUUUUGAUGAGAGUGCAGAACUCUGCUCAUUACAUGCCACCAGGCCAAUUGGAAAGAGUGCUCGUGCGUGAUUUGGGUCAAAACUGGAGAGAACGGUUGUUUGCCUCAUUCGACGAUGUCCCAAUUGCGGCUGCUUCCAUCGGCCAGGUGCACAACGCCGUCGCCCACGACGACGUCUCGAACACCGUCACCCCUGUUGUGGUGAAGGUCCAGUAUCCUGGUGUCGUGGAAUCCAUCGACUCCGACUUGAAUAACUUGUUGAUGCUUCUUACUGCCUCCUCCAUCUUGCCGGCCGGCUUGUUCCUCGAUAAGACCAUCGCUAAUGCUAGAACCGAGCUCAAAUGGGAAUGUGACUAUAUCAGAGAAGCGCAAAACUUGAUGAGAUACCGCGAAUUGGUUGGUGAUGACGAUGCAUUUGCUGUGCCCAGAGUUUUCCACAACUUGUGUGGAGAGCAUGUAUUGACUAUGGAACGCAUGAAGGGUGUUGAAAUCGUUAAAGGAAACUGGGACCAGGCCACCAGAAAUUGGAUUGCUUCUAACAUCAUGAGAUUGUGCCUCAUGGAAAUCAAACACUUCAAGUUCAUGCAAACUGAUCCAAACUGGGCCAACUUCCUCUACAACGAACAAACCAGAAAAAUCGAAUUGCUUGACUUUGGUGCUGCUCGUGAUUUCAACGACGAGUUCAUCACCGACUACGUGCAUGUUCUUCGUGCUGCCGUUCGCAAGGACCGUGCUUCUGUGGAGCUCUACUCCAAGAAGUUGGGUUACCUCACCGGCUUGGAGUCUCCACAGAUGACCGAAGCUCAUAUCGACUCUGUGAUGGUUCUCGGUGAAGCAUUCUCCCCUGUCGACAACCAAGGCAAAGCCUUUGACUUCCAGCACCAAACUAUUACUGACAGAGUCAGAGAAAACGUUGGUGUCAUGUUAAGUGAACGUUUGACUCCACCUCCCGAGGAAACUUACUCCUUGCACAGAAAAUUGAGUGGUGUAUUCUUGCUCUGUUCAAAGAUGGGUGCCACCGUUCCAUGUGAAGAUUUGUUCAGAGAAAUCAUCGGUUACGAAGACUAAACUCAUGUUAUUUUAUGUUUAAAAGUUAAUGAGCCGCCGCUCGAAAUGUCCCCCUAAUACUUAAUGAAUCAUGCCCGCUUGUUUUAAUAGAUCUUUUUGUAC